AUGACUUCAACUUCGCUUACUCCUGCAGAUGUAUUGGCUAAAUUACAAGGAACAAUACCUAGUACCGAUGAAAUUAUUAUUCUAACCUAUAUCAACAGUGAUAACAAGAGGACAAAUUUAUUACAAAUAAUGACUGAUAAUCAGUAUUCAGAUUUAUGUAAUUUAAUUAUUAAUUUUAUGACAAGUGAACAAGAAAGUGGCCUGCUUAAAAAAUCAGACGUUAAAUCAUUGUUGAAUAAUAUUUUCAAUGAGUCCAAUAAAAAAAUGCCGUUUUUUAGGCUAUCUUUGACUGUUGGUCGCAACAAAAGACUGAAAAUAUUUGAUUUGAUAAAAACAGUCGAGGACAAACAAUUGACAAGACUCGUUGAUGAUCAGGAUACGUGUAAAUUUUUAAACGACUGUCUAACAGAUGUAGAAGCUUCCAAAAUGGAGUGGUUGUCACCUACAACCUGCACGGAUAAUAUUUCAUUGCUGGUACAAGCUGAAAAAAAGCCUACAGAUUUUGAGGAUUUAGUUAUUUACAGUGCUUUGGAGUUUAUUCAUCGGCUUUACAAACACUCUUUGGUUAAUUCUAAUUUUAAUAUUCGAAAGUUUCACCAACUGGUAUUAGAUAAAGUAAUAACCUUACUAUAUAUGGGACACAAACACCAACGUGCGAGAGCCCUGGACCUCUUUACAACAGCUUUAAAAACGGACCUUCACAGUUACAUCCGUCAACACCACGAAGAAACCUGGACCGUGUACCGCAGCAAUUUGCAGAACGUGUAUCACAUCCGAAUGUUGUCCUUAGUGAAGGCCAGCCAGCCUGACUGGUGUCGCCAGUGGUGUCUGAGCGUCCAGGCUCUGGGAACAGACCUCCACCGAGGUGCUGACUUGAUAAAUAACCUCCUAAGCGUUGAAGAGCGCGCCUUUAAGUCUCCAGACAUGUCUAUCAGGAUCCAAGCUUUUCAGGCCUGGAAGUUGCUCAUCGAGAACUUCGCCAUAGAUCCUACCCAGCUCGCUAUUCCUCGGCGAAUAAAACUGCUCUGCAUCCCGCUGAACGCUAAUAACAAUAAAACGGAGUCGAUUGCUCUGGCAAAGUUCGAGGUCUGGCGACACUUGAUCAUAAAGCUGUCAUCUACACCUGACAAGUCUCUCACCCAAGUCAUCGCGCAGUUUCUUAAUUUUUGCUUUGGUCCGCUUGGAGACACUCCUCUGCUGUCAACCAAGUCUGGGAUUCAAUCUUCCCCAGGGAAACGGUUUGUCAAGGCUAGGAAGUGUGCCGUGGACUCUUUGCUCCAACUCCUGGCUUCUGAUCCCCAGGAUCGAGCGUUGCUUUUUCCAGAGCUAGACCAAGAUAACACAACCAUCAAUGUGAUAUCCCAGGAGAUGUUCCAGGAGAACUUCAAGAGCUAUAUCCACAGCUCCGGGGAAGCUUGCCUCUUGAUUAACGACUCGGAGUUCGUCUUCGAGAACCGAGAAACUCUGAAUCGCAUUCUCUGGCAGUCUUUGAUGAACUUGAUAAACAAAUCGACCGACGAACUCAAGCCCAAGAUGUACCAGGAGCUGAUUCUGAUCAUCUGCGAAGUGGUGAACCACAUUAGAGUCCGUGAUGACUGCACAAGCAACCUGCUCUUAGACACAAUCGUCCCCGAACUCGUAAAAGUCAGCUCGCAUUUGCUGUACCGCGACCAGACGCUGAUGGAUUUGCUGAUCAGGCUUCUAGAUCCAGAGUUCCUGAAGCGGCCUAAUGCUGGCCUCAAGACUCUGCUAGUUCAUGCAAUCAAACCCGAGGCUAUUACGGGUUACCAUCCUGAAUCUCUGCCGUUUCUCAAGUCGGUUCUCAGUCAAAUGAUUGCGCUAGGAACAAACGUCAAUUUGACUGGUUUUGUUAUAGAAAUUUGGGCGGAACUUGCGGAGUUAUUUGUAAAAUUUAUGGACAAAGAGUCGAUCAAUGAAGGAACUACUUUGGCUCAUAAUUUUGAUACAGCAUACUCGUUAAUUAUUUUUCCUUUUAAGGUUAAAUGGAUUAACAGUAACGAUGUUAAUCAACUAAUAAAAAUCAGUCGCUGUUGGAAGGAUCUUUACGCAAAGUUUAAUAACGCUGCUGAUUUGAUUACCACGGUCAAAACCAAUGAAGUUCUUGACCAUGUCGCUGAGGAUUUGUUGACGCUAGUUAGCGCGAGAGACAAUAACAAGUCAUACAGAUUUAUCUGCUACGUUUUUGAUGCGCUGAUGAACACGAUUCACUACUCAGACUACCUAGCGGUCGAGGGAGUUCCAAGCUUAACAUCUUUGCUGCGAGACGUCACCUACUCAACUCUGGAGCAAGCAGAGUACGUGAAUGAAAUUGAAUGCAGUUUGAAAGCGAUGGCGUCGCUGCUGAUCACUAUAUACGGAUUGGAACAGGACAAAGCACAGUUUCAUCUAACAGUUCUAAAACCUUGUAUUGAAGCGAUGCUGAAGAUCAACGUUCCAGAGUGCGUGAAAGAGGUAGUUAAUACCUGGGAGACGGUGGUAAUCAUUCUGAAAGGUUUGUGGAGCUGCCUGACUUCAGAGUUUAUUGAUUCGUAUCGUGAAGCUCUCGUCAACGCACUCUGUCAUACAAACCACGAGAUCGCUGCCCAGACGAUGACCUUUCUGGACCAUUCAGAACCCAUUGGUGAGGAUGUCAAACAGAUAUUAAAUGAAAUUGAGUUAGAAGCCUCGAAAAAGAUGAGCAGCUUGGUCAAGAGUGAUGAAGGUGAAAAGAAGCAUGUAAGAGUUGCGGGAAGUUUUUUGGGUAGAAAAUCUAUUACUAAAGUUAGUGGAGGUAAAAAAGGCAAAGAAAAAAGAAUGACUCCAGUUCCAGUUCCUCCAGAACCAGACUCUCAGGAUUACGUUUUGAUUCAGAAUGAUGUUAAAGUUAACGUAAAUUUGCUGACGGAACACCAGAAGGAGUGUUUUAAGCGCCAUCGAGAUGACAUUCCUGCUAUGUACAACGACUUGUCGCAGUCUGGGUCAAGAAACACCCAAGAGUUAGAGGAGUGGUUUAAGAACAAAGCCGGUGGCUCCACAGAAACUACUGAUGACAACAAAGAGAACAAGCACGAAGAGGUUAAAGAGAGCGAAGAAAUAGUUGGUGACACCCAGGAACUUAGUCCUGAAGCUGGGGACAAAAUAGAAGAAGGCUCUGUUGCGAGUAUUGUCAAGAAGCUGAACUUUGAGUCACGUGAUGAGUUUCCUGACGAGAAUGAAAAUACACAAGACAAAGACUUGACCAAAUUAGGUUUACACCCGCGAGAUGGCGCUGGCGGUUCGAGGCGAGAUGGAAGGGGUAGACGCGGACGAAGACGAGGUGGUAGGAUUUCUAGAUCAAGUAGAGAUCAAGAAAAAGGAAUCAAGCGCAAGUCUGUGGAUUCUGAAGAGUAUGCAGACCCCAAGAGACGCAGGCAUUCUGCUCCGACAGAUUUGCAAAGCGACAGUGAGAGCUUCUGCUCUAAUGAUAGCGAAAAAUCACCAGAUGGCAGGACUGGAGUAUCACAGAGGACCCAGAAAGAAAUGUCUCGGUUGAAGAUCGAUAUGGUCUUUGAUAGUCGGAAAAUGAGCAAGUUGCGAAACAAAGUUUCUGAAGAUCAAAAAAGUAAGUCCGCCAAUGACGACUUUGUUUAUGAAAAAGUUAACAAGAGACAUUCAUUGGAUCCCAGCAAGUUAGUAAAAAAGACCACUAGGAGUAGUGGAGAUUCGAUGUUGGUAGAGCGGCAGGAUCUGAUAUUCGUACGUCGUAAACGGAAGAUCUAUCCCAAGCCUCAGGAUCCUCAAAAUCAGGAAGAUUCCAAGUUCUUAAGCCCGAUGUCUAGUCCUUCGACGUCUACUACCUCAAACUCCACUGCUGACGAAGUUGUUGAAAGUUCGCAGGAUCUGUGUUCUGUACGGUCCCCCAGGAGGGAAAGGAAGACUGAUAAGGUCGAGGUGGCUAAUGAUGAGAAUCAGGUUCCUGAGCCUGCACUCUCAUCUGUACCUGCAUCUGCACCUGCACUUGACUCGCCAAUUAAGACUGAUGUUCCACCUGAACCGGUUAAAAGCGAAUCUCCUGUGAAAUCUAGUCAAGAAGUCGUAGAACCCACGGUAGAUGUUAAGGAAGAAGAAGCUAAGGCCAUCUUCCCGUCUCCGAAAGUUAUCAAGCGCUUGACCAAGCCGAAAUUACUCACUCCAGGACGUGGAGCGCAUAUGUUGGGACUGGUGACUAAUCUAGGUAUGUCUGAGACCGAAGAGAUCAAAGUGUCUAGAGUGAAACCCAAGGAUUCUGAAGUUCCAGUUUCAGAAAUACUCAAGAAAGAACGAGCGAAAGAUCUAGGUGGUAGUCCUGGUGGGAGUAGACAAAGGAAGAUAUUCAGUAACAUGAAAACUGGGGACUACACGUCAUCGCCGACUAAAUUGUUCAGCAAUUUGAAGAACGACGGCGAGAAGAUAUCACCCAAAAUGGAGAAGGUCAAGGAUGUUGGUAAAACCGAUCAUGAUUACACGGAACUCAAGGAGGUGCAAAUUGAUCUCCCAAUGCUUGAGUGGUCCAGCGCCAAUCCGCCAUCUUUGACGGCUUCUCCAAGUGCGGGUAUUUUGAAGAAACGUGCUGUUAGUGCUCUUAAUUAUGCUAUUUUUAAUAGUACUGGUAAUAGUAAUGUUAAUAAUGUUCCUGUGGGGAAUGAAGAAAUGGUUGACACGCCAAAGCGGAAGCGCGUCAGUUUUGCUGACCCUCCUGUUUCCAAAGAAAUGGGGUACGAAGUUCUACCAGGCUCUCCUGGAAAGUUGACUAAAUUAUUUAUGACACGUAGUUUUCCGGGAAGAAAGGACACACCGCUCAAGAUUAAGCUGCCUAAGUUCAAGACGAUACAAACGGAAGAAAAGCCUGUGGAGGCUCUCAAGAGCGACACUCGUUUGUAUGAUAUUAAUAUCGAAGAUAAAGAGCAAGAGGACGUCGAAGUAUCUAUUGCUUCGCAAGAUAUCUUCCAGGGAGAAGAUAUGAACGUCAUAGUCGAGGAGAAAAACGAUAGUCUUACGCCUGUUGUAGAAGAAUAUGGAACUCAAGAAUCGACGAUGGGAAGAAUAAUGAACGGAACGGCGAGCCAGAUGGAAGUCGGGAGCAUCAAUAAUAUCAAUGAGACUCUGGAAGACACUGUUGAUGUAGGGAACAUCAGCACCUUUACUGAUGACAGUAUCUACAAGCCCGUACGAACUAGUACAGUAGAAAAAAUAAACGCUAGUGACACUUUACCGGUUACCAGUUCGAUAUUCGAUAGCCAGCAGUCAGUCGACCUUACCCAAGGUCAAGGAAUGGAAAUGACUGAUCCAAUUUGCCCAACAUUGCUGGGUUGUACGGAGCCCAUCGACUCGAUUGUGGAUAAUCUUGUUCAUCCUCUGUGGUCAAAGAAUCUCUCGAAGCUUUUUACCUCGAGAAACAUCAACACCGUGGGUGACCUAGCAGCGUUGAGCAGUCUAGAGUAUGAAAAGUUGCCACUUAAGGCCUCGGGAAGUCCCAAAGUUGAGCACGUCCGCAAAGUACUGACUGACUUUAGCAUGUCACUGUCGACGGUCUCGGCUGAUAGGGAAGAAAUUAUGGACGUUGACUCCCAGUUAAACCACAGUCUUAUAGAGGAUGUUGGCACUCAGCCGGUUGUUUACAACGAUGAUUUAAAUAUCUCAGAAGUGCUUACUGACAAAAUUCGGGUCACUCAGGAGAUUGAAAGGACAGAAGAAAAGUGUUCUAAUGAGUUCGGGUCGAUUAUUCUAGACAACACACUGUCGCCGCCCAAGAAAUCCUCGACGGGAAUGAACAGCGGGUUGAUGAAUGCUGUUAGUGGUAAAAAAGAUGUAGAAGUUGCUACGGAUUCACUUGCUACUGAUAGCAAAUCUGUUGGAGUACAAAUGAAAUUAGAUGAAUUGCUAGAUGAAAUAGACGUUGAUCUCGUGUUGGCUAGUGGUGCAAAAAUGGGAGCUAAAAACGACGCUGAAUUGGGUCGUGAAACAAUGCACCUCCUAGGUAUGGAAACGUACCCAGACACCUGUUUGAAGAUAGCCUGUCGUGAUUACGGAGCUUCUAAGAUCCUCGGUCGGCUUCCAGACAUAUUCAUCAAUGACAAGGAAUUUUUUUCAAAAGUCCUCAACACCUAUCGGAUGAAACUGACUACUAGCGAUCUCUUGAGUGUCGCGGAUAUUGACAGCGUCAAGCAGGAGCUCUGUCAGAAACUAACCUCUGCAGAACUCUGCGACAUGCUAGCCCAAGUGCUGGCUGAGGAAGAAGAACGUGAGAUCAAGACCCCUAUCACCGAUGAGACUUGUCUAAAUUCGAUUCUCAAGAGGAUGCCCAUAGACUCAGUGAUCAGUCACACUGUUGCUAACGACGAGCUUAUUCCCUCAUCCGUUGUUUUGGACAUAGCGCUGCAGAACAAUUCUCCCGAUAUUAUCGCCGCGGCGCUAGACUCUCAUCGAAACAACAAUAGCAUUAAAGAAAUUAUUGUUAAUAAAUAUCUGACGUCAGAUAAAUUACUGACGUAUUUAGGCAAAAAGCAGGCGGAUUUAUCAAAAGAAAAAAUUGUUGAUAUCUACAGGUCUGUUUGUGAUAAAUUAACGAUCGAAGAAUUACUGGAUCUUAAUAAUAAAAUUAUAAAAGAAAAAUUGAAGCAACUGAAAUAG